CGUUCCCCGUCCAGUCAAGAUGGCGAUGGCUCUUCUUGGGACCGGGCUGUCGCCGAGUUUGCAAGCCAGGCCGAGAAGCUCUCCCUUCAGCAUCCGUCCGAAACCGCCGUCGGGGACGGAGUCGCCGCCGAAGCACGCUUUGUGACGCCCCGAGACCCAGUACUUGUCACGGCGGACGGCAACCGCUUGGCUCCGGUGCCGUUGGAAGAGGCACACAAGCUGAAUGUGCUGCGGGAAGAGCUGCAACAUCACGAACCUGGAACAGUAGCAUCGGCAGGCGGGGAAGACUAUGGCAUCAGUGCAGAGGGACCUGCGCCACCAAUGAAGAGGGCGGUUGAUGUUGCCGCGGAAAAGGCAAAAGAACGGGGAGCAAAAUCGCCGGACGGGAGUCUUCGGCGGGCUAUGCCCCCGACGCACACGAACCCUCUAUUCCCGCCGUUACCACUCUACGGCCCUCCUUCUCUACUCCGAAACCUCCAGUGUCGCGUGUUUCAGAUAUCGUCGUUCUUUCUCAGCCUUGCCUUUCUCAGUGUCAUCGUCCUCGGUGCGCUCUUCACCAGCAUCGGCCCGUCGCUGCGGCGGCUCUGGCUGCGUGCAACACUGCGGGACCCCGACCGCGCCCGUCCGUUCUACGCCGAGGAGGUCAACGAGAGGAAAAGGAGGCUUGAGAGAGAACGAGAAUGGAGAGAGGGUAUCCGCUCCGGCGAUGAUGGCUUCACACCCAGCGAAGGAGGGCCCGACCCGAUUGUGUGUGAUCCGGCAUACUAUGCCCGCCGCGUUGGUCUGGACAUGGAAAGCUUCCAAGUUCAGACUGAAGACGGUUUUAUCAUUGAGCUCUGGCACGUCUAUGAUCCGAGGGAAUACCGACCUCUGUCCGGGAGUGACCGCGCUGCUGGCGGCCCAGAGACCCUCGAGCGCCUCGACCAAAGAGAUCCCAGCCACAACGCCAUCAACGGCAGCAACAGCGCACGGGACGAGAGCCAGGGCAACAACCAGAAGCCCAAGUUCCCCGUCCUCCUCAUGCACGGCUUGCUCCAGAGCUCCGGCGCGUAUUGCGUCAACGACGACGCGUCGCUGGCUUUCUUCCUCUGCAAGUCGGGCUACGACGUCUGGCUGGGCAACAACCGCUGCGGCUUCUCGCCUAGACACGCCCUGCUCGACUACUCGGACCCGCGCAUGUGGUGCUGGAAUAUACGGCAAAUGGGCGUCUUCGACCUGCCGGCGCUGGCGUCACGCGUACUGGUCGAGACCGGCUUCGCGCGACUCGGGCUCAUUGCGCACUCGCAGGGCACCACGCAGGCGCUGGUGGCCCUGGCCAAGGAGCAGCGCCCGGACCUGGGCGAGAAGCUCACCGUCUUCUGCGCCCUGGCGCCCGCCGCCUACGCGGGGCCGCUCAUCGGCAAGAUGUACUUCAAGUUCAUGCGCGUCAUCUCGCCGGCCAUGUUCCGCCUCAUGUUCGGCAUCCACGCCUUCAUCCCGCUCAUGAUGACCAUGCACCGGGCGCUGCACCCCUGCGUGUACGGCUGGCUCGGGUACAAGGUGUUUUCCUUCCUCUUCAACUGGACCGACGCCCGGUGGGACCGCGGGCUGCGGGACCGCAUGUUCCAGUUCGCGCCCGUCUACGUCAGCUCCGAGUCGAUGCGCUGGUGGCUAGGGAGGGAGUGCUUCGCCAGGCACAAGUGCAUCCUCGCGACCAAGGAGGAGUGGAGGGCCGAGGAGAGGGAGGACGCCCGGGAGCGGGAGCAGGAGCAGGAGCAGCAGGGGAGGGGGACGCUGUCGUCGUCGUCGGUGCUGGCGCGGGCGGUCCGGGACAUGGAGGGGGACGAAGGGGUGAGGAGGUCGGAGCAGGCGGCCGGGGCGUACAGCAAGAGGAAGCCGAGGGGGUCGACGGCGUGGUACAAUCACCAGGCGCCGCCCUUUGCGCUGUGGGUCUGCGGCAACGACGCGCUGGUGGACGGCGAAAAACUGCUUAGGCGGUUCGAGCGCGGCCGGGAGCCGCACGUCAGGGUCGUCCACAGCAAGGUCAUUCCCGAGUACGAGCACUUGGAUGUCAUUUGGGCCAUGGACGCGCCGGAGCAGGUGUUCAAGGAGGUGCGGGAAGUGCUGUGGAAGACGUGCGACGUCAGGGACCUGUGCCGCGUGCCGAAGGGUUGCGAGGACGUGGAGCCCUGGGUGCCUCCAGAC